AUGAUCCGGCUCUCACCUGUCCCUACCCCCCCUUCUAGCUCAGUCUUCCCCCCUUACACUUACCCUUGCCCCAGCCCCUCUAAGCAUCAUGUGUAUGUUUGUGAAUAGAAGUAAGGAGCUGGCCCUGGAAGAAACGCAUGAAGAUGAGCUGGCGCUCCAAGGGCACCUACACCUGCCGCCAGUGCGGCGCCAUCUCGCAGCAACCCUCGCUCAAUGUGAAGCACCGCUACCUCCAUCGGGGCUCCCGGCGGUACCGCUGCCACUGUGGUAGGUCGUUCCUGCGGCGGCUGCACCUCCUGCGCCACUACCACCAGCACGCCCAGGCCACCCGCUACAUAUGCACCGCCUGCGGGGAGACCUUCGACGGGGCAAAGUGCCUCGCACAGCACAUGGUUGGUGCUUCCAACAUGACUAGAUGUCCAGGUGACAGCUUAACUUUGAAGCCGAGGAAAGCGUGCCGGAUGCCCUUCUCCUGUCAUUGUGGGCAGGUUUUUUGUAGGCCCGCUGCUUUUCUCUGGCACAAACUGAAAAACACACAAAGGACUUAA